AUGGCGACCACAACAUCGCGAGCCUGGACAUUCUCCCGGAGCGGCUCUCCUUCAGAUGUCCUUUCUCUCACGGAAUCCCGACCCAUACCAAGUUUUCCUCCCGAACCUGCUCUCCCCGAGGAAUGGGUUCUUGUCAAGGUGGCCUUUGCAGGUCUUAACGUCGGCGCCAUCUUCCAGAUGACUCUUAUCCCUGCUUUUCUGCGCAACGAGACAUGCAUCCCAGAAAUGGACCUAUCCGGAGUCGUCCAGGACGUCUGGCAUCCUCACGCAAAGGGAAACAAUGGUGAUGAGUCGAAUAGUGCUACCGAAGGUGCUGGCCCUGUGAGUCCUAGCAGCGCUGAGAGCAACACUCAGACUCGCUUCCGCAAAGGUGACAAAGUCAUGGCCAUGCUGCCGGCCAGCCACGCCCUCCCAACGGGCACCGGUGCCCUGGCCGAAUAUGUCGCCAUCCCGGCCCGCUUUGCCGUCCACAAGCCGACCUCGGCCCCCUUCGCCGACGCGGCUGGCUGCCUCCUCACCGGCAUGACGGCUCACCAGCAGGUUGUCGAGUCCGGCAUCAAGCUCGGUGACCGAGUCCUCGUUAACGCUGCCAGCGGCGGCAUCGGCACUCUGGUCAUCCAGAUGGCUCGCCAGGUCGUCGGUCCCGAGGGCUUCGUCGUCGGCAUCUGCAGCGGCCGAAACACUCGGCUAGUCGAAAGCCUCGGGGCCGACGAGAGCAUCGACUACACCCAGUACAACGACCUCCCGGCCUACCUCGCAGCUCGCUUCCGCUCCCAUCCCUUCAACGCCGUCAUUGACACGCUGGGCCACCAAUCUCUCUACGUGCACUCCCCUGCCUACCUCGUUGCCACGGGCACGUACUCCUCCGUCGGGAUCAAGCCCCCUGACUUCUCCGUCCCAAACUUCCUGCGUGCCGUCGUGCAGAUGAAGCUCAACGAGUGGUGGCCCGUCAGCCGCUGGCUCGGCGGCGUAGGCCGUCUCUGGCGGGUCGUCUCGAUGAUGGAGCCUACGCUCGAGGACCGCCAGCGCAUCGCCGACAUGCUGGGCGGGAGCCAGAUCCGCGUCGUCAGAGACAGCGUCUGGAGCUUCGAGGAUGUCAAGGAGGCAUACGCUAAGCUAGGAGGCCUGCAUGCGAGCGGCAAGGUUCUGGUGCGAGUGGAUGAGACGGUGGGAGACAAUGAGUGCUAA